AUGGCUGACUCUGCCCCCACGCCCGACGCUGCGGCCCCUCCGGCCCCCGUUAAGAUGAGCAAGAACGCCAUGAAGAAGGCUCUUCGGGCCGAGAAGAACGGCGGCGCUGUAAAAAAGGAGAAAGAUCCCAACCGUUGGGCUCCCAAGAGCGACAAGAAGAAAAAGAAAGAGGAGAAAGAGGCCCCUAAGGCCCCCGCUUUCGUGAACCGCACGCCCAAGGGCGACAAGAAGGACAUGACUGAGCCCAUGUUGGCUGCCUACAACCCCGUGGCCGUCGAGGCUGCGUGGCAGGACUGGUGGGAGGCUGCCGGCUUCUUCUCGUGCUCGGACGACAAGAUCUCCAAAGCGAAGCCUGACGAGCGCUUCGUCAUGGUCAUCCCUCCGCCCAACGUCACGGGCUCGUUGCAUCUGGGCCACGCACUCACUGUAGCCAUCCAAGACGCGCUGACUCGCUGGCACCGCAUGCUUGGACACGCCACUUUGUGGGUCCCUGGCACGGACCACGCCGGUAUCGCCACUCAAUCGGUCGUGGAGAAGCGACUGCUGAAGGAAGAAGGCAAGAGCCGCCACCAUCUGGGCCGCGAGAAGUUCCUGGAGCGCGUGUGGGACUGGAAGAACCAGUACGAGAGCCGCAUCCACCACCAGUUCCGCAGCGUCGGUUGCUCCGUGGAUUGGGAGCGUCAAUACUUCAGUAUGGACGACAAUUGCAGUCGCGCUGUGCGUCACGCCUUCUGCCAGUUGUGGGAGGAAGGUCUGAUCUACCGAGCCACGCGGAUGAUCAACUGGAGCUGCAAGCUGAAGACGGCUUUGUCCGAGAUUGAAGUGGACUACAUCGACAUUGAGAAGCGCACGAAAUUGGCUGUUCCUGGCCACAAUCCGGAGCGUAAAUACGAGUUCGGAGUGCUGACAUCGUUCGGAUACAAAGUGGAAGGCUCGGACGAGCAGGUGUUCGUCGCGACGACUCGUCUGGAGACCAUGUUGGGUGAUUCGGGCGUGGCUGUCCACCCAGAGGACGCGCGAUACAAGCAUCUGCACGGAAAGCACGUGAUCCACCCGUUCAACGGCCGUCGGAUCCCCAUCGUACUGGAUCCAGUGCUGGUGGACAUGAGUUUCGGUACGGGAGCGGUGAAGAUCACGCCUGCCCACGACCCGAACGAUUACGAGUGUGGCAAGCGCAACAAUCUCGAGUUUAUCAACGUUUUGACGGAUGAUGGUGCUAUCAACGAGAAUGGCGGUGAAUUCGCCGGUAUGAUGCGCUAUGACGCCCGUAUCGCCGUCGAGAAGGCGCUGGAGGCCAAGGGACUGUACCAUGGCAAGCAGGACAACAAGAUGCGGCUCGGUAUUUGCUCCCGUUCGGGUGACAUCAUUGAGCCGCUCGUCAAGCCUCAGUGGUUCGUCAACUGCGACCAGAUGGCCAAGGACGCGAUGGCUGCUGUGACGAACAAGGAGCUCAAGAUCGUGCCCGAGUCGCACGAGAAGACGUGGUUCCGCUGGCUCGAGAACAUCCGCGAUUGGUGCAUCUCUCGUCAGCUGUGGUGGGGUCACCGGAUCCCUGCGUACUUUGCUCGCGUGAAGGACGAGGCGUUCGUUGACAAGAACGCAGAGGAUGCUGGUGGCCGCUGGUUCGCUGGUAUCUCGGAGGAAGACGCGCGUAAGAAGGCGGCGACUAAGCUCGACGUUUCCGAGGACAAGAUCGAGCUGGAACAGGAUGAAGAUGUACUGGACACGUGGGUGAGUGCUGGUCUGUUCCCCUUCGCUGUGUUUGGCUGGCCCAACAAGACUGACGACUUCGAGAACUUCUUCCCGACGGACCUGCUGGAGACGGGCUACGACAUUUUGUUCUUCUGGGUGGCGCGUAUGGUGUUCAUGGGUCAGAAACUGACGGGUAAACUGCCCUUCAAAACCAUCUACUUGCACUCGAUGGUGCGUGACAAGUACGGCCGCAAGAUGUCCAAGAGUCUGGGUAACGUGGUGGACCCGCUGGAGAUUAUUGCCGGCUGUACGCUGGAGGAUCUGUUCAAGAAGCUCGAGAGCGGCAACUUGCCAGCGAAGGAGGUGGAGAAGGCCAAGAAGGGACAGAAACUCGACUUCCCUCAGGGAAUCCCAGAGUGCGGAGCUGACGCGCUUCGUUUCGGUCUCCUAGCGUACACGCAGCAGGGUCGCGAUAUCAACCUGGACAUCGGACGCCUUGUGGGCUACCGUAACUUUUGUAACAAGCUGUGGAACGCCGUGCGCUUCGCCAUGUCCAACCUCGAAGGAGGCUUCUCGGCUGCUGAGAAUGUGGCUGACACGGUGCUGGCCAACGCCGUGGUGAGUUCUCGCGACUGCUACAUUCUGAGCCGUCUGAACCACGCCAUCAAGGUCUGCAACGACUCGUUCGCUGCCUACGAGUUUGGCGAGCUCACCAAUGCGCUGUACAACUUCUGGCUAUAUGAUCUUUGUGACGUGUACCUAGAGCUGACCAAGCCUGUGAUCAAUGGAGAAGAUGCAGAGGCCAAGCUGACGGCGCAACAGACUCUGUACGUGUGUCUGGAGUUCGGUCUGCGUCUGCUGCACCCGAGCAUGCCGUUUGUGACGGAGGAACUGUGGCAGCGUCUGCCUGGCAAGCGCUCGACCGCCAGUAUCACGAUCGCCCCGUACCCGCUCCCGAUGGACAACUGGACGAACCCGGAGGUGGAGGCCAAGAUGGAACUGGUCAAAGAAGUGAUCCACGCGGCCCGCUCCGUGCGUGCUGAGUACGGACUGGCUAAUAAUGUGCGUCCCCAGUUCUUCAUCAAGUGCAGUGACAAUGACGUGAAGACUGUGGUGGAGAAGCAGCUGGACGACUUCAGUACGCUGGCCAAGGCUGGUGACUCCAAGUGCAUCGUGGACGAGGAGGCACCGCAGGGCUGCGCGAUGCACAGUGUCAAUGAUAAGGUGCAGAUCUUCGUGCUACUCGCUGGUCUGGUGGACUUUGCCAACGAAAUUGCCAAGCUGGAGAAGAAAUUGACGAAGAUUGCGCCGUCCUUGGCGAGUUUGGAGAAGAAGAUGGGGCAUGAGGAUUAUGAGACGAAGGUGCCCGAGAACGUGCGUGAAGCUGACGCCGCCAAGAAGGUCGCGCUGGAGACGGAAGAGGCCGGUAUCCAACGCGCUAUCGCUGAGUUCAAGCGUCUGUUAUAAGUCAGCGAGUUAUAGCAGGUUUGAAGAAGAAUAGCAGGAUUUACUACUUUA